UCCAGAAAAUGGAUGCAGUAAAAUGUACGGUGUCGAAAAUUUGAGCUGUAAGAAUUUCAAAGGCAGCUUAGCCACCUUCAAUCGUGCUCAACCUCUGGUACUUUAGUACUUGCUUGCUUCUUGGUCUCGUCUCAAUCAGAGUCAAGCACUCCAGAAAUUCGCAUACACGUCAUCCAGAGAAAUGGCAGCAUUGUCACAUCUCCCUACAGCGCCUCCAUCAACGAGCCGCAGAUGUAGGUGGCUGACGGUCCAACUAUAUAAUGGACUUCCAGCGGCGUCUUCUCUCCAUUGCUUCAGUUUAACAACCAGAAGUUGCCGUUUUAGGAGAUUUUCAGCUUCGGCCAUGGCCGAUGGCAAAAGCACCGUUCUUGUUACCGGGGCUGGUGGUAGAACCGGACAAAUUGUUUACACAAAGUUGAAAGAGAGGACUGACCAGUUUGUUGCAAGAGGCUUGGUGAGAACAGAAGAGAGUAAGAACAAAAUCAGUGGUGAAGAUGAUGUUUAUGUAGGAGAUAUCAGGAAUUCUGAUAGCAUAGUUCCUGCAGUACAAGGAAUUGAUGCCCUCAUAAUUCUUACAAGUGCCGUGCCAAAGAUGAAGCCUGGUUUUGAUCCUACUAAAGGUCAACGGCCAGAAUUAUACUUCGAAGACGGGCAAUUUCCUGAACAGGUUGACUGGAUUGGUCAAAAGAAUCAAAUAGAUGCUGCCAUGGCUGUGGGGGUAAAGCACAUUGUUCUUGUUGGAUCAAUGGGGGGAACAGUUCCCAGCAACCCAUUAAACAGCAUAGGAAAUGGAAACAUAUUGAUUUGGAAGAGAAAGGCUGAAGAGUAUUUGGCUGAGUCUGGAAUCUCAUAUACCAUUAUAAGAGCUGGGGGCUUGCAAGAUAGAGAAGGUGGUGUUCGUGAACUGCUCAUCGGGAAAGAUGAUGAACUGCUUAAGACGGAGACAAGGACUAUUCCCAGAGCUGAUGUUGCUGAAGUCUGCAUCCAGGCACUACAGUUUGAGGGGUCAAAAUUCAAGGCAUUUGAUUUGUCAUCAAAACCAGAGGGCACUGGAACACCGACCAAGGAUUUUAAGGCUCUCUUUUCCCAAAUUACCACCCAAUUCUAAUGUGUUGCUCAUGUGUCCUCAUCUAUAACUGAACAAGAAUGACAAUGGUUCAGCUAUACUAAAAACAUGUUGAGUGUGGUAACCUCCUGAGAUGUCCAUGGUAGCUUAGAUAAAAGCUACUUGUCAAGUUCCCCCAAGUGUAAUAAAAGCUACUGUUGCUGCACUUUCAU